GCUACGCUGUCAGCGUCCAAGUAGAAUGUACCCAGAAUGUACCCUUCAUCUCCGGCUCCGGAUCUGGUCUUGGUGGUCUCCAUCGUUUCCAUGAUCAUCGCUAGGAACCAAGUGAUCGCUUUCUGACAGUUCAGACGUUUUAUUUUUUUCACUUAUUUCUGUUUAUUUAUACGUUUAUUCUAAUACUCGAAAAUUAAUUUAAAAUUCAGACUGAGAAUGAACCACAAUAAUAACUCAUUUUCGUGAUUUCAACAAUUGAUAAUCUCCAAAAAAUCGAACUUGUAUAUAAACAAAGAAUGAUUAGACACAGUGACUUGAAGGCGAAUGUUCAUAACAUAUAAAACAUAAAAAAGAAACGUGUUGAUCGGAAUUCAAAAUACUUGUUAUCAUGAGUAUCGCGGAUAUGGGUGAUAUGGCUAGUGCCCAGCACGCUCUACAAAUUGCAUUCCAAACGAUGCAGGAAAGAUGUCAACAAUUACAGAAAAGAUUGACAAUUGUUGAAGAAGAAAACAUGGGAUUGAGAAUCGAACGUGGUGUUGAGAAAUCCGACAAUUUCAAAAGAGACAUCAGUAACGACGCCACUACCGUGGCCAAUCUUCAGAAAAAAGUAGAAGAGCUAUCUAAACAAAAAUCUCAGCUGACUCACCACGUAUUCAUGGUAGCGGCAGAGAAUCGUCAAUUGUGGAGCCGCCUGACAAGGUUAACGAGAACAAACAAGAAGCUUGAUAACCAGUUGACAAAAACUUCAGAUUCUAUAAAACAAAAUGCAAAUUCUCAGCCUCUGAAUGCUUUGACUCAUAGUUUCAAAGAUGUUGGUGAAAAUCCUAGCAAAUUUAGUCAUAUACAGAUAUCGGACACAGUUCCAGGUAAUAGUUUGGAAGAAAUAUCACUAAGGUUAAUUAAUAGUAUUAUGAUGGAGAAAUCAGAAUUGGAACAACAAUGUACAGAGAUGGUGGAGAUGCAAAAUGGUGCAGACAUAAAUCUUCAAAACGUCGGAUUUACGUAUCCGGAAGACUCCAGCAUGGACUCACUUCAACAGCUUAAGCAGCAUGACCUGAGACUUUCUCAGACUAAAGACACGCUAGCAAGUCAGCAAAUACGAUUGAAACGUGUGAUUAGAAAUUUGAGGAAGAUGAGACGAAGCACAGUAUGCAAGAACUGCAAACAAAAUGCAAGUAAAACAACGUGUCAAAUUGGUACUCAAUUCGACUCGGACGAUAGUUUAAAAGAGCAUGGUGCGACGCAAACGAGUCUUCCACCUCCAACGAAUCCACUACAGGAAACAAGAUUUGUAGAAAAUUUUCGUAACGUUGAAAACGGAACUUCGAGUCAGAAUAUUUGUCCACUGUGCGGUUUGUAUUUUGAGUCCUCGACAAUUUUCGAGAUUUUCCACGAACAUGUGCUCAGCCACUUUACCGAGGAAAAGUCUCUCGAAAGUUUCGAAAUUGUGCAUUGAUCUCUCGUUACAUUUUUAUCAUUCUUAACCACGAUUACUUUUUCUGAACAAUCAUUCCUAUUUAACAAUCGCGUUCAUUUUUUCGUCUUAAUCAAAGAACCUUGGAAAAGUAUAUUAUCAAAUGUGAUGAAAAAGACUGCGAUAAUCCGAAAUGCGAAUCUCAUUAUCAUUUAUCUGUUCUUAUUUAUUUCCAUUGAUGUCUCUGGGUAUGGAAGGAAUUCAAUUCUACAAAAGGUACACUAUUUUUUUCAUAAUUUUGUAAAAAAUGUUAAGCCAACUCCAAUGGUUUAACUUCCUUGCUGUCUGAGGGUUCUUGCGUUGUUGAUUGCGUCAAAUUACUGUGAAACCAAGCCGGUCGCUUUUUUGGUAUUUCGACAAUUUGUUGAGUCUGUGAAAAAAAAAGAAUUAUUAUUUUCUCUUUCAUAUUCAACUGUUUGUAAACCCGGAUAUAUUUCUAAAUAUUAUUUAUGAAAUGCAAUGGUACAUUCUGCACUUUUGAGAUAUUGUACAGAUUUAUUGUAAAAAUAAUUUGUUACCGAAAUAUAUAUGCAUUUGAGAAUGUAGAAAAAUAUAA